AUGCAGGAAAUAUGCCCAGACGAUCCCACGACAAAUGCGACGUUAGAAACCACGGUGGCAAAUAAUGUUGAUACUACACGAAUUAUUACAACUGCUCAAACAUACGACCCGUUUAAUAGCGUUUUCGGGUUCUUAACAACAACUACUGAUCCAACAACGACAUUACUAACAACACUGACAACAGUAACAACAACUGCGGAGACAACAACAUCUGUAGCAAAUGGAAUUUCCGGGACGAGUACACCCGCGGUCGCCGAGGGAAGUGAGGAAAUCACCCAGGUAGUGCCCAUUGAGGCAAACUAUGCGGCAACCGAAAAUGAUGAAAUCACAAUUCCGACAACAACUGAAGCCACGAUUAUAACAACAGCAAAAACCGCUGCUACAACGAAAGCGAUUCCAGCUACAGCUGCGCCAAUUCAAACAACAACUGAGUCUCUGGACACGACAACAAGCGGAUGUCAAUCUCUUCCCAAAAGUACAACUUUAUUGAUCCCUCUCGCUUUAUACCUUUCCUCGUUUUUGUAG